AUGAGCGCAACGCCAAUCAGACUGCGCGACUCUCCCGCUCAGGUCCAGGAAAAGCUUGGUCUCAGCACUCGACAAUUCGACAACUUCAAGAACUUUGCCCGACGAGUCCACGGCGAGUAUUGCGCUGCCCGUCCCAACUCCAAAUGGGCCGAUGUCAACGUCGUCUGGACCGCCGUACCGGAACGAGAGAAGCUCGACGUGAUCCGAUUGAUGUACAACCUGUGCACCGAGUCCAACCUAUUCCCUCCCACGACCGGCCGAGCCGUGAUUGAAGCAGGCAUCGAGCAGAGGCUGCACCAGGUGCGGCGUACUUGGCAGCAGACAUCCAGGACAAGGACAAGACCGUCAGCAGGAGGCGAUGAUUAG